CUGCUAUUUCAACGCUAUUGAAUGAUCUAUAGACAUCAAAGUUUGGUUCAGUGUAUCAUUCGAAAAAAAGGGAUACACAUGGAAUUUCGCUGAUGCUUACGCUAAUAAUAUAAAUCGUCUCGUUCCGUGGUCUUUAAAACAACUAUUUUCUAAGGCAGUGACAACUGGCUGUGGAGGACACUUUUUUCCUUAACGAGGAAAUAAGUCAGCCAUGUUUCUCUGGGAUGCUGUUAGACUUCUGCUUACUGCUAGUGCUAUCAGAAUAGCUCAAGUUACCGGCAGGCAACCGUUAUCAACGCCAGCCUGCAGAUCUGAUUUAUGCCAAAACGUUGCCCAUGAGAUCGUCUCCAGCAUGGAUGACACCAUCGAUCCCUGCACAGACUUCUACGCUUACGCAUGUGGUCGUUGGAACGUCAGCGAUCCGUAUGACCGGGAUCAGUCUGGCGUCUUAAAAGCCAAGAUUUCCGUUCAGCUUCAAGAACUGUUUGACAAUGGAAGUUAUACCAAUCCCACCGAGAAAAAAGCCUCAGAUAUAUACAACCAGUGCAUCCGCCAAGCUAAUGACCAACCAUUCGAUGACCGCAGUCUUGUGGGCGCUGUGGACGACUUGUUAGGUGGAUGGUCACUAUUGGAACACCACCGCAAUGUGUCCGCAUUUCGUUUGGACGACGCUCUCGUUCGGUUGCAGCUCAAUAACAUUGUGGUCUAUGGCUCUCUGCCCGUAUCCCGAAACGUGUUUUCCAGCGACGAGAAUAUCUUGUUUUUUGUGAAGCCUUACCGCCUCUCAUGGCUGUGGGAAAUGGAAGCACUGAUCAAUGGACAUGGCAACCUCACUGUAAGCUAUUUAACUGCUCAGCUCAUGAACAAAUGGACGCCGAUCGUGCAGCGUUUACUGAAAGCAACCAAUGCAAGUGCAGACUGGUCUACUGUAAAAAACCGACUGGAGCAAGCUAUUAGACUGGAUGUCAGUCUGGCGGUGGGGCGAGUUGAGUUUAACACAGUACGGACUUCUAAAGACAUUCAGAUGCGCUUGACGUUUGGUGACCUGUCUAGACCACCAUACCGUUCGCGGUUUCUAGCGUCCUUUUUGUCGCUGUUUAACACCAUGCUCAAAGCAUCUUCAGUGAAGUUUCAAGCCACGACUACCACGACGUUUGGCGCCCCCAACUCAGAGUAUAUCAUCCAGCUGGACCGGAAGAUGGCGCAGCUGGAAUGGGACGGCGAUGCGGGACGGACGGUACUGGCGGACUGGCUGUGGUGGAUUUCCGUUUAUCACUAUCAUCUUGCAUAUCGAGGAAAGGGCACAUGCGUGAAGUUGGUGAAAGCGGCCAUGCCGUUGACCGUGUCGGGAAUGUUCUUCAAGACAUACAUACCGAGUGAAGCUGUUGAAAAGCAGGCCAAAGUGCUGGCGUUCGAAAUUGCGAACGGGGUUCGCGACGCUGUCCUUCUCAAAGCAACAUGGAUGGACCGGGCAACGCAGGAUGCCGCCGUGGAUAAGCUAAAUCAUACACUGCUGGUGAUCGGUUACCCUGAAGAGUUCUUGCACGAUUCGACACUCAUCGAUGACCUCUAUGCAAAGGUUCAUGUGGAAGUAUCGUUCUUCGACACUCUGCGCACUAUAGAUCGAAGCAACAGUUGGAUUAACCUGCGAAAACUCUCCCACACUGCCGCCAGCGAUGACCCAUUUUAUCCGACUGACCUGACCUUGCUUAGCGCCGUAAUGCUACCCGAGAGCAAUCGUAUUGUUAUUCCGGCGGCCUAUUUGCAGCCACCAACGUUCUAUGCGAGCAACAUGGACAUUAUUAACUACGCUCGCUUCGGUUCUAUGAUUGGCCACGAAUUCACCCAUGGCUUUGAUAUCUUAGGGAAAGAAUUCGGAAAAGACGGCAAACUGUUUAGCUUGUGGACUAAUGCGACACAGAACAACUACAAUACAAAAAAGCACACUUUAGUGGAUUUCUACAACAAUAUUAGCCCGAAGAACGACAGCGUCGAUGGACUGCAAACUCUCGGCGAAAAUAUUGCCGACAUCAGUGGAUACCGCGCUUCUUACUUGGCUUUUCGUAAUUUUCUGCGCCGCACGAAAUUCCGCAUCAAACUGCCGGGUUUGGAAGCCUUGAAUGAGGAGCAACUGUUCUGGUUAAUAGAAGCACAGACAUAUUGCACCCGUCAUCCAGCGUCGCUUGACACAGCGCACGCACCGAACAGAUACCGUGUGAUGGGAUCGUACAUGAAUAAUGUGGAUUUCGGUGCAGCUUACAACUGUUCGCUGGGAUCCCCGAUGAACCCGAGGAUCAAGGGAUGGUAGAGAUGGUUUCAACUUUUACUGACGAUAUCAAUACAACUGUACAGUAGUGAGAAAGAUGAUCACUACAAAUCGGCAAAUUCUUCCUGGCUUUUCUCAGUCCUGUAGUGCUAGCCUGAAGCGGUGCGCUUCCCUCGUAAACAGCUUCGAGUAU